AGACCAGUGAUAUGUGGCUGAAGCUGUAACAAGCCCUUUCUGAGAAGACUUUCCAAGAAAGCAUCACACAGGAAGGAAAGAGCAAGUUGUGAGUUCUCGGCCGCUGCUGCAUGCAGACUUCUAGGCAGAUGUCUGGCAUGAGCUAGGUCCAAUAGCCCGUAUACAUCCUGCUGACAUACCUGUCACGAGAAGCUUCUCCGAGACAGCAUGAAACCUGACAAUACCACAACUGCGCUGUGGUUGAAGGUCACUUACAUCUCCAUGGAGGUUGUCAUCGGGCUCUGCGCUGUAGUGGGCAACAUGCUGGUCAUCUGGGUGGUGAAGCUGAACCCCAGUCUGAGGACCACCACCUUCUAUUUCAUAGUCUCUCUAGCACUGGCUGACAUUGCUGUCGGGGUGCUGGUCAUGCCUUUGGCUAUAGCUGUCAGCCUGGAAGUGGAGAUGCACUUCUAUGCCUGCCUUUUCAUGUCCUGCGUGCUUUUGAUCUUCACCCACGCCUCCAUCAUGUCCUUGCUGGCCAUUGCCGUAGACCGAUACCUGCGGGUCAAGCUGACAGUCAGGUUUAGAGUUCCAUCCCUGAGAUCCUCCAUUCUUACUAUUCCAGCUGAAGUUUACUUCCUUAUCAUGGAGCACUUCAUUCUGCUCUCCUUGGCUCUCAUUUCAGAUGCCAUGGUCAUGGAUGAAAAGGUGAAGUCAGGUGUUGAGUUGGAUACAGUUUCUGCUAACUGUAACUACGAUGCCCACUACAAGGACCACACCAAGUACUGGUGCCGGGGCUAUUUCAGGGAUUCGUGCAACAUUAUCGCCUUCACCCCUAACAGCACCAACCGUGUGGUCCUGAAGGACACAGGAAGCAAACUCAUCAUCACUGUGUCCUGCCUGGUCAAGGAGGACACAGGCUGGUACUGGUGUGGCAUCCAGCGGGACUUUGCCAGAGAUGACAUGGAUUUUACACAGCUGAUUGUGACUGACAACAGAGGCGGUCGGGCCAAUGGGUUUUCACCUGGUAAAGAGACUGGCAAGGGAUCUUUGAAGGACCCUUCAGGGAACAGGAACCGGAGCUGCAGGACUUCCAAAGCUAUCCAAAAGGCAGAGGGCUCCAGAAUGUCCAUUUUGAUCAUUUGCAUACUGAUGACCGGUUUGGGGAUCAUCUUUAUAAUCAGUCAUUUGUCCAGGGGAAGGAGAAGCCAAAGGAAUAGAGGAGUAGGCAACGAUUUGAAGUUCUUCCCACAUGUCCUGACCAAGGAAAUGGCUCAAACUGAACACGUGACUGAAGAUUUCUUUCAUUUAGUUCCCAAAUUGAUGUAGUUACAGUUGAAUCUCCAUGACAACUAGCCUGCAUCUCAGAGGCUGAUUCUGACCUUUCUGGAUUACUAAAGGACUCUCUGACCUUGAAGCAAUCUUUCGUGGCAAGGUGACAACAGUGAUGGUCAGAAGAGUGAUCACAGACCUCGCCAAGCAAAGCUGCCAUUGGAUAACAUCUCCAGACCUUAGCAUUUAUUAGCUGGAGUGAAGAAGAGGUACAGAGUCUGGGAUAAGGGGAAAUGACUUGUAUUUUAUUUAUCAGCCAAUAAAUAUCCAAAUAGUGUUGAAA